AUGGUGGGUGGGUUAUUGACAGUGUGUGACGAAAAUGUGGUGACAUCUUCCCAGGAGGGAGGGUGUGUGUGUGUGUGUGUGUGUGUGUGGACAUGCGUGCACGUGUAAUAGGGAACGCAUCAUCAAUGAAAACGGUCUUGUGGGGAACGUUGGCUGCCACAGAGCCUAAAUCUCUUGAGUCACCCCGGCGAGCAGAUGCAGACACACAUACUUACUGUGUACACACACACACACACACACACACAGGCAUAAUUGAUGCCCUCCACCCUGUCCUUGACACGACUAUAAAAAGCAGGACUGAAUAAUUUCCUCCCCCUGCAGGACUGAAUAAUCCCUCCUCUAGAUACAUUGUCUACCCCAAAUGGCUCCCUAUGUAGUGCACUACAUUUGACCAAGGCCCUAUGGGCCCUGGUCAAAAGGAGUGCCAUAUAUAGGGAAUAGGGUGCCAUUUGGGAUGCACCCUAGGACUGUACUACCUUUCUACCUACCUACUGCUAUGGCCCUGCCCAAUGCCUGAGCCAAAGGCAGAUACAGUACAACAGAUACAUAGCUUGGUCCUUUUCUCCUAUUGUACGUCAGAGACAGAGCAGACAAUUCCAGGAAGUCCAGCGGCUUGGCCAGGGGUAGGACGGGCGAUGGCCUUGUACUGUAUUCUCCGAUCUCUCGCUCUGUCAUCACCAGGAUCAUUUUUAUCAGUAGGGACACAGAUAUUGUAUCACGGGGUGCCUUGAAGCCACUUGUGUGUAACUGAAAAGGACUCAAAGUAUUAUUAGAAUUCGUGUUCAGAAAGCAGUUGUUCCUUUUUUUUUUUUGGGGGGGGGGGGGGGGGGUAGAUCAGCUUAAUAUUGCAGAUAGAUUGUAACUUCCAUCAAUGUAAUUGUCUGCAUCACUUCCAAUCCCCCAUGUUUUUUAUAUAUAUAUAUAUAUAUAUAUAUAUAUAUAUAUUCCCCUUUAUUACUUUCCAACCCCGCCACCCUUUCCCUACUUGGUGUAAACUAGUGAACAACAAUACUUAGGCCUCUACUUCUAGCUUAUACUUACUAUCUACAUUUUAUGGACACAGUCAAUUUUACAAUAAUUAUAUAUUUAUUUUUUUCUACUGAACUUCUUCUACUCUCAACCUCUCCGAGCAGUUGUUCCUUAGUCAGGCAGAAAUACAAGGCAGGGUAUUGCAGCCUUAAGAGUGUGAUAUACAAUAUAAUGUGAAAUGCUGAAAUCCCAUCCAGUUAUGCCAGGAUACUUUCCCCCUGUGGACAGUCAGAGAUGGAGGUCUAGAAGUGCUCGCAUGUCUAUGCCAGAGUGGUUGGCCUUGUGAAUGACAUCAUUAUGCAUUUAAGCAGAACCAUAGCGGCUUACUGAGACUCAGCCUGAGAGAGUUCUCAGCUUUUUCCCACUGAAGCUGCUGAGAACGUGACACUGUUUGUUUGUGUGGUGUUUGCGUGUUAGUUUGUGGCCUUACAGUGCAUUUGGAAAGUAUUCAGACCCCUUUACUUUUUCCACAUUUUGUUACGUUGCAGCCUUAUUCUAGACUGGAUUAAAUCAUUUUCCCCCUUCGAAUCUACACACAAUACCCUAUAAUGAAUAAUUAAAAACUGGUUUUUAGAAAUGUUUGCAAAUGUGUAUAUAUAAAUAUACAAAAAAUCUGACCGUUUACUCAGUACUUUGUUGAAGCACCUUUGGCAGCGAUUACAGCCUCAAGUCUUCUUGGGUAUGACGCUACAAGCUUGGCACACCUGUAUUUGGGGAUUUUCUCCCAUUCUUCUCUGCAGAUCCUCUCAAGCUCUGUCUUGUUGGAUGGUGAGCGUCGCUGCACAGGUAUCUUCAGAUCUCUCCAGAGAUGUUUGAUCGGGUUCAAGUCCAGCCUCUGGCUGGGCCACUCAAGGACAUUCAGAGACUUGUUCCGAAGCCACUCCUGAGUUGUCUUGGCUGUGUGCUUAGGGUCGUUGUCCUGUUGGAAGGUGAAUCUUUGCCCCAGUCUGAGGUCCUGAGCGCUCUGGAGCAGGUUUUCAUCAAGUAUCUCUCUGUACUUUGCUCCGUUCAUCUUUCCCUCGAUCCUGACUAGUCUCCCAGUCCCUGCUGCUGAAAAACAUCCCCACAGCAUGAUGCUGCCACCACCAUGCUUCACCGUAGGGAUGGUGCCAUGUUUCCUCCAGAUGUGACGCUUGGCAUUCAGGCCAAAUAGUUCAAUCUUGGUUUCAUCAGACCAGAUAAUCUUGUUUCUCAUGGUCUGAGAGUCCUUUAGGUGCCUUUUGGCAAACUCCAAGCGGGUUGUCAUGUGCCUUUUACUGAGGAGUGGCUUCCGUCUGGCCACUCUAAUAAUAAUAAUAAUAAUAAUAAUAAUAAUAAUAAUAACAUGCCAUUUAGCAGAUGCUUUUAUCCAACUGACAGUCAUGUGUGCAUACAUUUUUACGUAUGGGUGGUCCCUGGGAUCGAACCCACUACCCUGGCGUUACAAGCACCAUGCUGUACCAAUUGAGCUACAGAGGACCACUCUACCAUAAAGGCCUGAUUGGUGGAGUACUGCAGAGAUGGUUGUCCUUCUGGAAGGUUCUCCCAUCUCCACAGAGAAUCUCUGGAGCUCUGUCAGAGUGACCAUCGUGUUUUUGGUCACCUUCCUGACCAAGGCCCUUCUCCCACGAUUGCUCAGUUUGGCCGGGCGGCCAGUUCUAGGAAGAGUCUUGGUGGUUCCAAGCUUCUUCCAUUUAAGAAUGAUGGAGGCCACUGUGUUCUUGGGACCUUCAAUGCUGCAAAAAUGUUUUGUACCUCGACACAAUCCUGUCUCGGAGCUCUACAGACAAUUCCUUCGACCUCAUGGCUUGGUUUUUGCUCUGACAUGCACUGUCAACUGUGGGACCUUAUAUAGUCAGGUGUGUGCCUUUCCAAAUCAUGUCCAAUCAAUUGAAAGUACCACAGGUGAACUCCAAUCAAGUUGUAGAAACAUCUCAAGGAUGAUCAAUGGAAACAGGAUGCACCUGCGCUCAAUUUCGAGUCUCAUAGCAAAGUGUCUGAAUACUUAUGUAAAUAAGGUAUUUCAGUUUUUUUAAUUUUUAAUACAUUUGCAAAAAUUUAUACAAACCAGUUUUUUCUUUGUCAUUAUGGGGCAAAAAGUCAAGGUGUCUGAAUACUUUCUGAAUGCGCUGUAUGUGCUCUUGAUCUAUUCUGUACGUAUAUCUUAAGCCGACUGAAAACAGAGAUGUGUUUUCAACAUACAAUAUGACAUUGGAAGUUGAUUGCCAAUUUAGAUAGCUUUGACCUAACGAAAGGCAACUGUCACCUCCCGGUCUGAAACAACUGAAUAUGAUGCCUACCCCUUCCAUCCAUCCUUGUCAAAAGGAUUCUGAUGAUGAGGCUAGGUCAAUAAUAGAGCACAUCAUUCUCAGAGCUUAUGAUUCACCAUUCUCUUUCCAUCCCCUCUCAUUUCAUUCAAUAGGGAUGUGCUGCGUCCACACUCAUACGUACGAUACAAUAACUUUAUUGUCCAUUCACAUGGAAAUUACAUUUACACUACAAUGCAACAUAAUACAAUACAAAAACGCUGGAACACUGAAUGUAUGCUGAACAAAAAUAUAAACGCAACAUGCAAACAUUUCAACGAUUUUUCUGAGCUUACAGUUCAUAUAAGGAAAUCAGUAAAUUGAAAUACAAUUAAUUAGGCCCUAAUCUACGGAUUUCUCAUGACUGGGCAGGGGCACAGCCAUGGGUGGGCCUGGGAGGGCAUAGGCACACCCACUGGGGAGCCAGGCCCAGCCAAUCAGAAUGACUUUUUCCCCACAAAAGGGCUUUAUUACAGUCAGAAAUACUCCUCAGUUUCAUCAGCUGUCCGGGUGGCUGGUCUCAGACGAUCCCGGAGGUGAAGAAGCCGGACGUGGAGGUCCUGGGCUGUCGGGUUACACGUGGUCUGCAGUUGUGAGGCCGGUUGCACGUACUGCCAAAUUCUCUAAAAUGACGUUGGAGUCGGUUUAUUCUCUGGCAACAGCUCUGGUGGCCAUUCCUGCAGUCAGCAUGUCAAUUGCACGCUCCCGCAAAACUUGAGAUAUCUGUGGCAUUGUGUUGUGUGACAAAACACACAUUUUAGAGUGGCCUUUUAUUGUCCCCAGCACAAGGUGCACCUUCUUGAUACGCCACACCUGUCAGGUGGAUGGAUUAUCAUGGCGAAGGAGAAAUGCUCACUGACAGGGAUGUAAACACAUUUGUGCACAAGACUUUAGAGAAAUAAGCUUUUUAUGCAAAUUGAUCAUUUCUGGGAUGUUUUAUUUCAGCUCAUGAAACAUGGGACCAACGCUUUACAUGUUGAGUUUAUAUUUCUGUUCUGUAUAGAUAUGGACCCUCUCCUCUUUUUCUGUCUCUAAGCCCCCUCUACCCCCUUCCCCUGUGCAGGGUCAUCCCAGCCCCGGGCCCCCCGAGUGACCCCCCCAGAUCCCCAGUGCCCCCCUGCAGCAGCACCCCGUGGCGGUGGCGAGCCCAGGAGAGAUGGGGCGCAAGCUGGACCUGUCGGGCCUGACGGACGACGAAGCAGAGCACGUGCUGAAGGUGGUGCAGCGGGACAUGAAGCUGAGGAAGAAGGAGGAGGUCAGGCUCAGGUGA